AUGCCCAUCUCCGCACAACCAGCAGCUGCAGCAUAUGGUUGCUUGAUGGACAUUGUGCCUCCACCGUCGUUUGACAAUGAUCAGCUUAUGGCAAGGGCGUAUGUCGAACAAAUGAUUAACGAUGGCACCGCCGAUGCUUACGCUACAGACAAGCAAGGCUCACGGUUAUGUUUGAUGGAAAAAGCGGCAAUUCAUGAAGAGGUGGCGAUUUGCUCGAUACUUAUGGAAAAUGUUGUGGAGCACAGUUGCGGUCGUUACUCAUGCCGCAUAGUGCAGAAAGUUUUCACCUCCUUCCAUCUUAACGCACGCAUGGCACUGUUGUCAGCAUUGAAAGGGGCCGAGAAGUGUCUCUCGCUGGAUCAGUACGGGAUCCAUGUUAUUCAGCAAUGCAAUGCGAAAAACGCAUAUUGA